UCACCAAUUCAUUUAGUCGCUUACCCGACGCCACGCGUGUCACUUCUUUUGGGUAUGACAAUUGCGAUUAGUUAUGGAUUACACUAAGAUCCCGCAUUUCGCGCUCUUCAGACAAGCUUGUACUGUGAUAGUUAGGGUCAGGAUGGACCUGGUGGAUACCUUCGGCUGUAUGGCUGCCCAGAUGACUGACCACCCCCGGUGUACACGCAGGCCCUCCACUUGUGAAAAAUGUUCUAGAACUAGAUCAAUUAGCAAAUAUAGUGACUGUGAUAGUGAUUUAGUGGACAAAAAUCGCCGGUAUAGAGCCAGUGCAGCGAGAAGCAGAUACGUCAACGUCUGUGCCGCAGUCUGUCUCGUGCUGCUCGUCGGCAGUCUAUCACCGCAAACAGCAGCAGCACCACAUAAAAGAUCAAUGGAUUCUUCAGAAGAAAAUGUACUAUGGGGAAACCCCUGCGAUUACAACUCCAAUCAAAAAUCAACGGGUGCCUACACAGCGGAUCUUGCGAAAAAGGUCGCACUGCAAGCCAAGAGCGCCUACGAUUCAACGGCAAAAUACAAAGAUGAAUUCGCAUACAAGUUGCACAGUUAUGAGAGGUUUAACGACUUGUUACAAAUGUGGAGUAGCAACGAGUGGCUGCGAAACUUUACCUGGUUCCCUGAAGAGGGGUUACCAAAAGACAAGGUCCUAUACCAGCGCAUGUCCGAUGCUUAUAUGGAUAAACUAAUGAAACAAAUUGACAAAGUGUUACCGUCGAUGUAUAAGGGCUUGAAGAUGGUGGUAGCUGGCUUGGAUUCCAUAAGACAGGACUUCAAGCUUAACUCUAACAUUCCACUGGACUCGAGCCUAGAAAGAAACAUUAUGGAGAGCAUGCACGAAGUACGGGCUGUCCUUUGUUACUUUAAUGACAUGAUGAGAUCCCGGGACCUCCAAAUAUUGCCAUUGCCGAAUACCGAGGUACCGAACAUCAAGGAUGAAGACAGGCUCUCAUACGCGCUCCUGGUAUACCGUGACACCCUCAACUAUUUGGAAUACCUGAAUCAAGUGUUCCAGAAAAUGUACGACGAGGAUUCCCUUAAAGCCAAAUAAGGCUAACAUCGGUUGUGUUAACUAAAUUCAGUUGAGAAGGCGGCAACUGUUACGUUUUAGCCCCGACAGGGCGAUAUCUACUUAAUUAUUGGUGCUUUUAUUUAUGAUGUGACAUGUUCGUUGACGCCACUCACUCCUUAGUGAGCAUCCGCAAGUUUGUCUUGAUAUAUAACCCUCUUUAUUUAUUGAACUACGGUCUUAAUAUUUAAAAAUUAAUCAUUGUUAUAACCUCUGGAAUUUUGACAUAUAAUUUAUAAUUCGUCUGUAUAAUAUCAAGGCAACCUUGUAGAUGUAAGAGCUCUAAUUCGUUGUCUUGAUGCAAUGAAUCUCCUUAUAGUUAAAUUUUUUUGCACCUUUGGCUGUUGAUAAAGUAGAAAGUCUUUGCCAUUACAUUGCCAUUUUGGUCUAGAGCGAAUUAGUUCCUUUUAUAUGUUUUUUUUUUUUUUUUUUUGUAAAUAAUAACGAAUUUAAUACGAAUUAUUUAUUAACAGGCAACUAAACAUUCGAAAUUUUCCGAUAUCCUAGUCAAGGUUUUACCUUAUUUAUUUCUUAAUCAUGAAAUUGAUUUCUUUGUUUAUGGUAUUAUUAGCAUAGUAUUAUUCCAUUCCACCAAACUUGAUAGAUGUUGGUGUGUUAGUAAAUUAUUUAGUUGAAUGUUGUGACAGUGGCUGGUACAUGAUUAUUGACGAUAUCUUAUGACAUGUGACUGUGCGGUCGAGGCUGCGAUAAAUAAUUUUAAUUGUACAUUUUAUAUUAUAGUUUCAUUGAUUUACUUGAUCCUUUGUUAACUAUUUAUAUUCCUGUUACAGAAAUCCAAUGAAAUAUGACAAGCUUUAAUAGAGCUGUUAAUUAUAUUAUUGUAUAGUACAGAGCCAGUGUAUUUAUGAAUUAAUCAUUAUUUGUACAGUUCAAAUAGUAUUUAUGAUUUCGCAAACAUAACAGCUAUGUUUGUGAUAUUAAAUUAUUAUUACAUUUAA